AUGGAGGACGACAAGUUAAUUAGGCAAUUCGUACGCACUACAGAUGCAUUACCCGCUAGCGAAGACGACAGCAACACCGCCAUUCUAUGGAACGAAGCCGGCAUUAGCAAAUAUUUUAAGGCGGUCGAGAAGUUUAAAGAACAGUUGUUCGUUUUAGUCUAUUUAAUAGCCGGCGCCCCCGCCCGCGGUAUAGAGAGUGUCACCGUGGUAUAUAAGAACGGCGUAGACGACCGCGGAUACCGAGGAGUAUUCGUCGACAACGGAUUGGAUGAGAUCGAGGCCGAGGAAGAGCGAGCAGACGCCGAUUCACACCCAGACAACGCCAGCGAUGACCGAGACUACGACCCCGACGACCUAGAUUACGACACCGACAGUGACGAUGAUAGCGAAGAUUUCGUCGAGGAAGGGGAGAGUGCAGAAGAUGACACACCCUAG